GAUUAAUAAAGGAAGUGUGUUUCACGGGGCGGAGGGGCCACUUCGCAGAUGCAGAAGUGAAACAGGCUAGUUAAACUUGACUUUACAUACACAAAAACUCUGAGCCAUUUGCCCCACAGACAGACUAUCAGACAACACAAAGUGGGCUAAAGGAGGCAGAGAAGAAGAAAACAGUCCAUCUGAGUCAUGUUAGCUGAAGGUUUUCUCAGAGCUCUGCAUUACAAAGAGGAGAGAAAGUUUGCCACAGCCCCCAGACUGAGGACAUCACAGACACACACUCAUUGCACAGAUCCGAGCUGUAACCUCUCUGACUCAAGCUCCACAGACCCUCAGACUGAUGCAGCUAAAGCAGGCCCAAACCAAAAGGAACUAGAUCUCAACCAAUUCCAGGGACUAAAAGUGAUUCCUCAGGGUCCUGCACCCCUCUUGAUCCCUGGCUGUUCCCCUGUUCCUGCACUGGAUCCUGACUACAUACUCUGUCUAGAGGAUUGUAGCCUCCUGGAACAGUAUCCAGACCUGCAGGUGGCUGACUCAGGUCGCAUCUCAAACAACCUACCGAAAGCCCUCAUCAACUACAACGUUGUCGCUGAAGUCUCUGAUCAGCCUGAAUGGGCAGCCAGACAGGAGCCUCAAGGCGAGCCUCUGACAUCGAUACCAGACCAGGGUUAUCUGGUUAUGGGGGCCAGUGUGAACAUCAGCUCGGAUCUGCCUGGAUCCAGGUUGGAGCCCAUGUCCAACUCAGUACUGAAUGGGCUGCUGGACAAACAGCUGGAGGAAGUGUACAUGCAGCACCUGACUGACAACUUGGCUCGAUGUAACUCGCAUCUGGGAAACAGCCUCCUGCAUGGCCUUGUGCCUCCGCCACAGCCCAGCAGCCAGUCGGGGGGGCCUGACUCACUGGAGGCUAGUCUGGAAGGAGGAUCAGGAGGAGACAGCGGCAAGAAGAUCAGUUAUCUGGGCACCCAGAACUUAGCUCCCUGCUCAUCCAACUUCAGCUCCCCUGUGCUGAGGAUUUCAGAGGCUGACAAUACUUAUCUUCAAUGAAUGCAAUCAACCACAUGACCUGCAAGAAUGGUAAAUGCAUUUUUUAAUUUGUGUUUCUCUCCUCCUUCCUCUUUCAUUCCAAGCUUACUCACAUGCAUCUGAAACAUGUGAAUAUGGUAUUUCAGUUAAUCAAAGCAUGCGUUUAUUUUUGUUUUCAUUAUGCCUUUGUUAGCUGGCUUGGGGAAAUAAUGCCUCAUACUUACCUGCUCUCAUGUGCCACCUGCUGUUGGAUUGUUGUACUACGUCAACCUGUAUAUACCUGCCAUACAUCAGAAUUAAUUCUAUUGGCAUACAGUAUGUGUGUAAGAUAUGUAUUACAUUGAAGCAAACUGACCCAUGGUAAGCUAAGAGAAUGAAGCUGUGAUAUAACUGAAAGAUGUGAUGGUGUGAAUUAUUUCAAAGUAAAAUUUAAUAAAGAAAGAGUCCUGA